UGACAAGGCCUUCCGCAUAUGGGAAUGCAAUCCUCUCUCUCUCUUUACAUCUCUCUCCUUCAUCUUAAUCCUCUUUCUAGGCUCUGUCUAAUGUGAUUUCUCUCUGCAAAGUUUAAUGUGAUUUCCUUCUUCUUCUUCUUCUUCUUCUUCUUCUUCUUCUUUUUUGAAAUAUAGACAGAUUAAAUCAUGGGAUUUGGAAACAAGCAAGCAUCAUCGUCCACAAAAGACCUGAAAGGACCCCGGCCAACAGAGGACACGCCUCUCAUAGCCAAGCCCAAGCCUCUCUCCUCCCAGUCCAAGACUUUUGCCAAUGUCUUCAUUGCCAUUGUAGGCGCUGGCGUUCUCGGUCUUCCAUACUCCUUCAAACGCACCGGAUGGAUCAUGAGCCUUAUCAUGCUAUUUUCCGUCGCCGCGUUGACCAACUACUGUAUGAUGCUUUUAGUCCAUACUCGCCGCAAGCUCCAAUCUUUUUCCCGUGACUUGCCCGAGAUUAGCUCGUUUGGCGAUCUGGGUUUCACCAUUUGUGGCUCUGCUGGGAGGUUAGUUGUGGAUAUCAUGAUUAUAUUGUCUCAGGCUGGAUUUUGCGUUGGUUAUUUGAUUUUUAUUGCAAAUACUUUGGUGAAUCUAUUCAAUUCCUCAUCGUCCCAGAGCUUAACUUCGCAAAUCAUGGGAUUGUCUGCCAAAAGUUUUUACAUAUGGACUUGUUUUCCGUUUCAGUUGGGGUUAAAUUCUAUUCCUUCUUUGACCCAGUUAGCACCUUUGAGUAUAUUUGCUGAUAUUGUUGAUCUUGGUGCGAUGGGUGUGGUCAUGGUGGAGGAUGUUUUGCUGAUUAUUAGAAACAGGCCGGAGGUGAGGGCAUUUGGAGGUUUGUCUGUGUUUUUCUAUGGAAUGGGUGUGGCUGUUUAUGCAUUUGAAGGGAUUGGUAUGGUUUUGCCUAUAGAGUCAGAGACGAGAGAGAAGGAGAAAUUUGGGAGAAUCUUAGGAUUGAGCAUGGCCUUCAUUUCAUUGCUUUAUGGGUCUUUUGGUGUGCUGGGUUACUUUGCUUUUGGCAAUGAAACUAAAGACAUUAUUACUGCUAACUUGGGUGCUGGGCUGAUUAGUAGUUUGGUUCAACUUGGUCUCUGUAUCAAUCUGUUUUUCACAUUUCCCUUGAUGAUGAACCCAGUCUAUGAGAUAGCAGAGAGAAGGUUUUGGGGGGGGAGGUAUUGUUUAUGGCUCAGAUGGGUGUUGGUUUUAGCUGUGAGUUUGGUGGCUUUGUUGGUACCAAAUUUUGCUGAUUUCAUGUCCUUGGUGGGAAGUAGUGUAUGCUGUGGACUGGGAUUUGUUUUGCCAGCUCUGUUUCACUUGCUUGUCUUUAAGGAAGAAAUGGACUUGAAAGGAUGGUGUACUGAUGUGGGGAUUGUGACUGUAGGUGUUGUUCUUGCAGUUUCAGGAACAUGGUAUGCUCUUAUGGAGAUUUUCUCUGUUAAGGCAUUGUAAUAAGUUCUAGAUUUGAUCAUAUCAAUUGUGAAUUUAUAGCAGUAAGUACAUAUCAUGGCUUUAUACUGUGGCAAGAUUGUGAUAUCAGCUCUGGCUGUGUAGCUUCCCUAAGAAUAGAAGGCAUAGCUGUUUGAUUGAGAACAAGUUCUCAACAGUUACAUUCCAAGACAAUUAUUUGCUACUUUCUUGUCAUUUUUUGUUACCUCCUUGUGUUAUUUAAUUUAUUAUUUCCUCAAGUAAGUUGUUAUUUUGCACUGAAGAUGGAUUAUUCUCGAAAAUAAUGUUAAUCAAGUAUGGUUGCUAGAGCAACCAGGAGAAUUGUAUGCUUGGAUUUGUCAUUCU